UUUUUCUCAGAGCUCUAAUGGCUUCAAAAGGGUCAGUUUUGUCUUUGGAGGAGACACCGACGUGGGCUGUUGCUGUUGUUUGUUUUGUCCUUGUUUCCAUUUCCAUUGUCAUUGAAUACAUCCUUCACUUGCUUGGAAAGUUCUUAAAAAAGAGACAUAAGAAUUCUCUAUAUGAAGCUCUUGAAAAGAUCAAAUCAGAGUUGAUGCUUUUAGGGUUCAUAUCAUUGCUUUUGACAGUGGGACAAGGACUCAUAUCAGAAAUAUGUGUGUCCAAGAAAAUAGCAUCCACUUGGCAUCCGUGUAACAAGGAACAGGAAUCCUCAAAGUAUGGCGGCGGCGGGAGGAAGAGAAAUCUUUUAACGGAUUUCUCUGUCGAAGGUUGGAGUCAUCACCGUCGUAUCCUGGCUGCCCAGAAAGAAGACAAAUGCACUGCUCAGGGGAAAGUCCCAUUUGUAUCAACAUAUGGCAUCCACCAACUUCACAUUUUCAUUUUCGUUUUGGCCGUUUUUCACAUCCUUUAUUGCAUACUCACUUAUGCUUUCGGACGAGCUAAGAUGAGCAAAUGGAAAGGAUGGGAAAAGGAGACAAAGACAACUGAAUACCAGUUCUCACAUGAUCCGGAGAGAUUCAGAUUUGCAAGAGAUACUUCAUUUGGGAGAAGGCAUUUGCAUUUCUGGAGUCACUCAUCUUUCCUUCUUUGGAUAGUUUGUUUCUUCAGACAAUUCGUUAGAUCGGUUCCAAAAGUUGAUUACUUAACCCUCCGACAUGGGUUUGUAGUUGCACAUUUGGCACCACAAAGUCAAACUCAUUUUGAUUUUCAUCUCUACAUUAAAAGAUCUUUAGAAGAGGAUUUCAAAGUGGUUGUGGGGAUAAGCCCGAUAAUAUGGCUCUGCGCAAUUCUAUUCCUAAUGUUCAAUACCCACGGCUGGUACUCUUAUUUCUGGCUACCCUUUAUCCCACUGGUUAUAAUUCUCUUGGUGGGUACUAAGUUACAAGUGAUUAUUACAAAGAUGGGUCUAAGGAUUCAGGAAAGGGGAGACGUGAUUAAAGGAACACCUGUGGUUCAACCUGGCGACGAGCUGUUUUGGUUCAACCGUCCAAAACUCUUGCUCUACCUCAUCAAUUUCGUUCUCUUCCAAAACGCGUUUCAGCUCGCUUUCUUCAUUUGGGCAUGGUAUGAAUUCGGGUUGAGUUCUUGCUUUCAUGAGAAGGCUGAAGAUAUAGCUAUUAGGCUAGUAAUGGGGGUAUUUACACAGAUACUUUGCAGCUAUGUAACACUUCCUCUAUAUGCAUUAGUUACACAAAUGGGAUCAAACAUGAAAUCUACGAUCUUUAACGAGAAAGUGGUGAAAGCACUCCAUAAUUGGCAUCAAACAGCAAAGAAGCAAGUGAAAGAGAAACAUAACAAUAAUAGCUCCUCGAUUACACCUCUUUCGAGCAGACCCGGAACUCCUAUGAACGGGAUGUCACCUAUUCACCUGUUGAAUGGCCAUGUUAGAGGAUCUCUCGACAGCGGAAAUGCGUCUCCGAUUGUCUCCAAUUUCGAAGGUAACUAUUGGGAACGGUCGCACUCAGGCCACCAUGAAGAGGCGGCGGUGUGGUCUCAUCAUGAACCAUCUGUGGAGGAAGAGCUAGAAGGGGAGAAGAGGAAUGGGUCUGUCUCGGUUCAACAUGAUUCAAGAAAUCAGCCGGAGAUUGAGAUCGAGAUUCACCCCGGGGAUUUCUCGUUUGGAAAAAGAGGCUAAA